CCGGUGUCGCACGUCGCUGCUUCUAAACAAAAGCUUUUCCGCUCUCGAGCUUUGUCUUCCUAUGAAGUGUCUAUAAUAUGUCUGCCUCUCAUACCGUAUCUUUUGAAUAAGUGUUUGUGUUUAGCAGUAAAUUGGUGACGUUUUUCUGUAGAUAGUUAAUGUUAACGGUUCCGUUGUGUAUCAAUUAGUCAUAAUAUAUGUGGUUAUAUGUUUAUUUUGAUUGACGCUAUGCUACAUAUAUCUUAGUAUCGGAAUAACAGAAGCGGCUUGGCGCGGCGUAGCGGGCGGCCGCGCCAUGGGCAACAAGUGCUGCAGCCGCCGUCACGAUCCCGACAGACCUUUGGUAUAUCCAGCUUACAAAAAGAACGAAGCAGGAUUCACGGCGUGUCCAUCACUGGAGACACGUUAUACCGGCGAGCCGAACAAUCGAGCAGUCUCAAGAAGACCUGCAGAUAUCGUCAGGACACGAAAUCCAGGAGCAUGUAUAUCAAACGGUGGUCGACGAGUGGUAAAAGCGCUAUGCGCCUACACCGCGCGUGCAGAAUCCGACAUCUCAUUUCGGAAGGGCGAUCGUAUGGAAGUGCUGAGCGACGCGGAGACAGACUGGUGGAGGGUGCUCCAUCUCACAACGAGACGGGAGGGAUUGGUGCCAGCCAACUUUGUGGCGGAAGAGAGCUCUGUUGAAUGUGAAGACUGGUUUUUCCCCCACGUGUCCAGAAAAGAGGCGGACAAGCUUCUCCUAGCUGAGAUCAACCCUCGAGGCACGUUCUUAGUGAGGCCCGCGGAGCACAACCCUCACGGCUUCAGCCUUAGCGUGAAAGACUGGGAAGAAGGCAGAGGAUACCACGUGAAGCAUUAUAAGAUCAAGCCAUUGGACAAUGGAGGGUUUUAUAUCGCAACCAAUCAAACAUUCCCGAGUCUUCCCGCUCUCGUUAUGUCUUAUACGAAGAACGCGCUAGGCCUCUGCCAUGUGCUGGCUCGGCCUUGCCCCAAGCCGGAACCCCAAAUGUGGGAUUUGGGACCAGAGUCGCGGGACAAAUGGGAGAUCCCAAGGGCCCAGAUACAGCUGAUCAAGAAGCUGGGGCAGGGGAACUUUGGUGAAGUCUACUACGGCAAGUGGUGCAAUAGUAUAGAGGUCGCCGUAAAAACUCUACGAGAAGGUACAAUGUCGAAGCAAGCCUUCCUCCAAGAAGCCGCCAUCAUGAAAAAGUUCCGUCACAAACGAUUGGUCGCACUAUACGCUGUGUGUUCCCAACAGGAGCCCGUCUACAUCGUCCAAGAGUACAUGUGCAAGGGGUCCCUACUAGAAUUCCUCAGAAACGGCGAAGGCAAAUCCCUCCACUUCGAAGAUCUAGUCUACGUUGCCGCUCAGGUCGCCUCCGGGAUGGAGUAUCUCGAGUCCAAACUCCUCAUACACCGGGACCUAGCGGCUCGCAACGUGCUCAUCGGAGAGAACAACGUCGCCAAAAUAUGCGAUUUCGGAUUGGCCCGAGUGAUAGAAGACAACGAAUACUGCCCCAAACAGGGCUCGCGGUUCCCUGUCAAAUGGACCGCACCCGAAGCGAUCAUCUACGGCCGGUUCUCGAUAAAGAGCGACGUGUGGUCGUACGGGAUACUCCUGAUGGAGCUCUUCACGUACGGCCAGAUACCAUACCCGGGGUUGCACGGGAAGGAAGUCAUCGAGCAGGUGGAGAGGGGGUAUAGGAUGCCCAAACCCGUGGGGCACUAUUUGCCCGACGAUAUUUAUAGACUUAUGCUCCAAUGUUGGGACGCGAUACCCGAGAAGAGGCCGACAUUCGAGUUCUUGAACCAUUAUUUCGAAUCGUUCACAGUGACCAGUGAAAUACCGUACAGAGAAGUGCAGGACUAGUGCUGUGAUAUAAACCUAGCUAGUGAUGUGCUUGUGUUGGAGACGAUGUGUAGGGUCCUUAGCGAAUGAAUGGAUUUGCUUUAGGGAAAGUGUUGGCUGCAAAAUGUUUACGGAUUUAAACGGGUGCGGCUUUGAUAAAAAAAACAAAAUAUAUUUUACGGGAUUAAAACGCGUUUAUUGCAAUUGUUUAUUUUGCUAUAACGACGGCUUAUAAUUCAAAAUAAAUAAUUGUGAAUUAGACAUGUUUUACUCCGGUAAGUUUAUUUUAUUAAAUCUAAGGUCAAAUUCGUAUAUAGAUGUCAAUUUACACGCCAAACUACUUUCGGUUUCUAACGUGUCGUUUUCCCAACGUAUUGUUUAUACGUUUAUAUUGUUUUUUUAUCGCGUAGCUCUUAUAAACAGAUAUGUUGUUCAAAUAGUAUUUGUUUUGCGGAUACACAUUUAUGUCCAUAAUUCGUAUUUCAAGUCGCAAUCUCGUUUUGAUCGCUGUCAAAUGUCAAAUUGACAGCUCACUUGAUUUAAGUUUUAUUGCUCCUAGAAUACUUAGGAUUUUUCUUCUAACAGAGCUCCAGAAAAGCACUCGAAACGUCCAUUUAUAAUUCGCGGUUGGAUAAAAUUAAUACUUUAUAUUUGACAAAUAAUACACUAAACAUUUCAAUAAUUGAAUUAACAAUUUUCUUUUGCAGCAACACUUCCUUAAACGACCAUUUUUAGUAUUUUUAUACUGAAGUGAACGAUACAGGAACGUGAGCUUCAUUAUUGGCUUUUAGUAGCGCACGCAUCGAGUCCAAAAAAUCGCCCAACUGUUUGCUAUGACAAAUAUAUUAUAAGAAUUAUAUUAACUAAAUCAGUCUUAGUUUCUUAUUUUCUUUAAAAAAAAAUGCGAAUUUUUUUGUAUGGAAAACUCGCGCUCAGAAUAUUACUAAAGUAAACUUUUUAUUAAUAUCAAGUGCUUAGUUCCUAAGGCCUCAGAGAUUUAGUGUAAACUGGUGCAGCUAACAAUAUGGUAUGGAAAUUAUUUUGAGUUGGAUACAAAACUCGUAGUAUACGUCAUACGAAUGCUUAGAAUUUUUUUAAAGACUGAUUUAGUGCAUAUGAAAAGAUUGAAUCCCAAUAUAAAACGAUAAAAAAUACACAUUUAAAUAAAACUUCUUUAUCGGGUCUAAAUGGGAAUUUGUUAUAUUACUUACAGACGUUUCGAGUGCUCGGUGAAACACUGUCACAGUUGACAGCUGACAGAUAACUUUGAUAUUGUCUUUAAUGUUGCCACUUAUCGCUGCGAAUUUUCAAAAUUUUAAUUAUUUACACAUAUACCGUUAAAGAAGUUUUAUAUAAUCUAUUGUCAUAUAUAAAAAGCGGUAGCAACCAAUAUUUUCCUUUGUUAAUUUUUUUAUAGUAUAUCUCCUAAAAAUGUAAAUAAUUGUAGCAAACAGAAUGGGGCUUAUAUUUGUGCGAAACACUAUUUUCUUAUUUAUUAGUAUAGCUUAAGCACGUAGUUAUUUUGCAUCGUAAGCAAUAAAAAUAAAAAAAAGGGUUGAAUUUCAUGGUUGAGAAUUCUAGUGAAGUAAAUCCUAUUGAUGCCAAACAUAUCUCUUCAGAUUUACACUGGUAUGAUUUGAUAUCUAAAAUCUAGCUCAUAUUUAAAAUAUUAUAUUGAUUAAAAAAAUAUAUUGUUACCCUUGAGUUAUAGGGUUUGCAGUUAAAAAUCUCAUAAGUCAAUAUUUUAAAACAAAACUAUAAAAAAAUAUAAUGUAUAUGUGUGCAGCUUCUCAACCGUGAACUUUAAUUAUUAAAAAUCUAGAUAUUUUCAUAUUCUAAAGUAUGUGAUAUUUUUAUCACAUUGUAAAUGAUCUGAUAGGCUUCGGUGCGGUUAAGGAAACUGUUAUUUAUCUUGUUUUUGGUUCGAAAUUGUAUGCCUCUUUGUUCUAAAAUAGUUUGCGAUUUGAUCAUAUACUAAGUCCGGGAGAAUAUUUUUAAUUUGACUCAAAGUAUCGCCAAUAAUGAACGUUUUGGCUCCUCGACAUAGAACUCAGCCUAUACUGUGACCUUUAGCAAGAUUAUAUUACAUGAACCUUUGUUUUCAAUUAACCAGGUUUGAAGGUUUUUGUAUGAAAAGUGUAAAUGUACUUUUUAGGAAAAUCAACUCGGACAGAGCUCAAAUCAGUCUUACCACAGGCUACUCAUCUGUCCAUCACAGACAGCUGAAUGCGAUAGAAAAAGAUAAUAGAAUGUUGACACAUUUGUUUUUAUGAAUAAUUAUUUAUUUCUUUGUAUUUAAUAAAGCAUUUUAAAUGUCUUGCUACGGUCAUGGUAAUAAUGGUCCAAUUUUUAUGAAACGGUGAAUUAGAUAGCUUUAGGGCCGUAUACCAAAGAGUUAUUGUACAUUAGUGCGAGUGAAUCGUUUUUAAUUUUAGUAUAACUAGACUUUGUGACCUGUACUUUAUUUGACCAAUAACCCUCUUGUGUAACUAAAUUGUAUAAAAAUUAAAAAUACAAAAAAAUAUUGUUAAAAUUCUGACUGAUCAAUACCCGAUUGCGUUAAAAGUAUUAAAAAUGCUUUAUCACGUAUCUUGUUCUAGAAUUUAUGAUUGAGAAAUAGUGUCUUAACAUUCCAAAUAAUCAAAACACUUUAAAUUUGGACACUUUUGUAUGAAAAUUACAUUUAUAAGAUUUUGUACAUACAAUGAAUAAAUGUCAUUGAUUAUAAAAUAUAUUUUA